AUGACGAGGCGGGAACCUCGUCCUAGAUGGCACUGGUUGAUAGGUUUCGCAGUGCUACUAUCCUAUCCAUGUAGACAACUCGCCUCUCGACCAAUCCGAGAAAAGCUACUAGAUUCUGAACUCCCCCUUUGGGAAGACGAGUGGAGUUUGCGGCCACUCGUCUCGGAAAUCGUGGAAACCACCGACUUGUCGAAUCUCAAGAUAUUCCCCUCGAAUAUCUCAGGAACAUACAAAGGCACAUGGGAGGUCGCGCGGAACUCCUCGUCGUCGCGAUUCCCGGACCUGCAGAAGAACUCUGGAAAUAUUAUUUUCCAAUUAAAGACCAGCAGCACGGCUCGUCCCGAGGUUCACUACGUCCAUGGAGAGGUGGUGUUGCGGGACGGCAUGUAUAUUAGCGACGGAGACGUGCAUAUGAAGCUCGAAGGGGUCUACCUCCGCCCCUUCGGCCACCUUAGAAUGGUUCUUAGCAGCUCGGCGGGAGCGGACUCCACAGAAGUGGACGAAGAGAGCGCCGCCAACGGCUACCAGCUGGAACUGCACGACUCCAGUAAACGAGGCCAGGGAUCUCCAGAUCACACAGCGGUGGUGGAGAUGGCGAGGAACUGCAAGAUCAGAAUGAUCACGCACGUCUCGCCCGCCGUGUGGGAGUGGCGAAACGGAGUGCAGGAGCAUGUGCCGAGGAUAGGGGGGUCGGAGCUUCUGGCGGAAAGCAAGGGGGGACGGGGGGGGAUGGGGGGAAUGGGCGGGGUGGGGGAAUCGUGGGAGGCGGACGCUGCCCUGGUAGCAGCAGAGGAUCCGGUGGGGCGGAGGGGGGCCAUGGGGGGAGGGGAGGAGGAGGGGGAGGCGGAUGAGAGUGGGGCGCCGUGCUUUGCGACUCUGAGGAUCAACGCCACUGCUGUUGACCUGGAGGCGUACUAUAAUAAGGCUGUCAACUAUACCCUCAUGGUCACAUUCAUCUCCUUCCUGCAAGUGCUCUUCAUCAUUCGCCAGAUGGAGCACAGCAACACUCAAUCAGGAGCAGCCAAGGUUUCAAUGCUGAUGGUGGGCCAGCAGGCCAUCAUGGAUGCGUACCUUUGCCUGCUGCACCUCACAGCCGGCAUUGUAGUCGGAGCGGAGUCCCUGUUCAAUGCCUUUGCCACAGCAGCAUUCUUCAAGUUUGUAAUCUUCUCCAUAUUCGAGAUGCGCUACCUGCUCGCCAUCUGGAAGGCCCGCCGCCCCGCGCAGUCCUCGGAGAGCUGGGACCUCAUGCGGCGCGAGUUAUCGAUCCUCUACUCUCGCUUCUACGGCUUCCUCCUAGGGGGAAUUCUCCUCAUCUACCGCUUCAGCACGGCGCUGCGCUACCUGCUGCUGCUCUUCUACUCCUUCUGGAUCCCCCAGAUAGUCACAUCCGUUAUAAGGGACUCGCGCAAGCCCCUCCACGUGCACUACAUCCUGGGCAUGUCCGCCACCCGCCUCGCCAUCCCGCUCUACAUUUUCGGCUGCCCGAAAAACUUCAUGCGGGUGGAGCCGAGUCCCGCGUGGUGUGCUGCCCUGAUUGCGUUCAUGGGGGCGCAGGUGGCGGCGCUGCUGCUGCAGCACUAUCUGGGACCUCGCUGGUUCAUUCCUAAACAGUUCCUCCCUGAGAAGUACUCAUACUUCCGCCGAGUGUCAUGCCUCAUGCGCCAGAGCAGCGACGCGGAUGACAGCGGGCCGGCAGACUGCGUCAUCUGCAUGACGCCCGUGCCCAUCACCUCCCACUCCAUGGACCGCAUGGUCACCCCCUGUGACCACAUGUUCCACACGGCAUGCCUGCAGCGCUGGAUGGACAUCAAAAUGGAAUGCCCCACCUGCCGCCGCUGCCUCCCCCCCGUCUGA